AAGCGCGCAGAGCUGCGAACGUACUGGAAUGCAGUGAGUGUGCGGCCGGCUGUGGCAGGAUACCGGCACGGCUGGCACUCAUAGCCCGCUGCCCGGGUCCCCCUCACUCUCACACUCCGUCUGCUGGCCGCAGAGCCGGGCUGUGCGCUGGACGCUCAUUGGGUCUCUCCCCGAGGUAUCAUGAGCCCCCCAGCCUGCUGAGCCCCCCGGAGACCGUGACUGGCAGCCGAGCUGUCCAUGCAGGGAUGGAGGAGGCCGAGGAGGUAGAGGAGUACUAUGAGGAGGAGGAGGAGGAUGGGAAGGAGUUCUAUGAUUUUCAGCCUCUCCCCACCCUGCUGGAAGAUGAGGAGAAUGUAUCCUUGGCUGAUAUUUUGUCGCUACGAGACAACUGUCUUACAGAGCAGGAUAUUUGGGCAAUAUGUCUCGAGUGCUGCUAUUCUAUGAAGAGUAUUGCUCAUUCGGCCAUCUUCCAGACGCUUUGCAUUACUCCAGACACAUUGGCUUUCAACACAAACGGCAACAUCUGUUUCAUGGAGCAGCUUAGUGAUGAUCCUGAAGGUGAUUUUGUACCUCCAGAGUUUGAUUUAACGGGCAAUACAUUGGAGGCACAUAUAUAUUCACUGGGGGCCACUCUGAAAGCAGCAAUCGAAUUUGUGAUUGAACCAGAAGUCGAGACCGAAAUGUGUCAAGAUCUGCAGACUUUGCUGGAUCUCAUGCAACAGGAAACCCCAGCAGACAGACCAGAUAUCGAGAGCAUUAUAUCACUAUGUGAAAAUAAACUGAACUCUCCUUCGUCCUCAAUGAUCUGUCGAAAUCUCUCAUCCAUCGGGAGAAGAGUGCUUUCUAUUGAGUCUGUCAGUGCUCUCCAAGAUGGCUUGGAAAACCUAUGGAAAGGGAUAGACAAAAUGGACCGAGGAAUGAAGCUACAAGCAGGUGAAAAUGUUCCAGUUCACACAAUGGCUGUUAUAGAUAAUCCCGCAUGUAGCCGCUACCCAGACAUCUGUCGCAACAUCCUUACGUCACAGGAGAUCGAAAAUAAAAAUUGGUGGAGAGAACCCGAUAUUAGAGUGGAAAAACCAUAUACAAAGCCAUGUUUACCGUUAGUAAAUCAUGUAAAAAAAAAUAAAGGCGACAGAACACAACUGCUCUGUUUGGAAAAAUAUGAGAAUUGUGAAAAAGGAAAACUGGAGGAUGAAAUGUCAAGACUUUCUUUAAAGAAACAUCGUAGAAAUAAACCACAGCCUGGUGCUAGUAUGUCAGAGAAACGUUCUUUUUCUCCCUCUCCGCCACCUGUUGGAAAAACUACUCUUAAAAGCUGGCCGUCAAUGCCUAGCUGCCUUUCCCCAAAUGAAGAUAUCGAGAAUGAGGAAAGUCUGGAUUGCCGAGAUAAGCCAAAAAAUAUAUGUUUUGUGGAUUCAAAGACCUCAAAUAACACCAUGUUUUCAAAUAUUUCUAUGCCAAAACCUAAAAACUGUAACUCCCCCCUAGGGCGGUCCGAGUUCCAUUCUCAAGUUUCCUAUGAAAAUUUAGUUGCUGCUCUUGCAGAAGAAAACCAGCAUUCCCAAAAUAUAGAUGAGCCAAUGACUUUAGGGAACAAUCUCACUUUGGAUCAAAGUAUUCCGCAUCCCAUCAGGCAUAAUGGAAGUAAACACGUUCGCAUACAUGAAAGACUUAAUCCAGUGCCGGAUCAUAGUAGUGAUAUUGCAGUUGUUUCUAGACUAAAUAACUCUCCUGAACAAUGUUCUGAUAUAGAAGAAGAAAAUGAGGAGCAGGAGUGGAUUUCAUUGAAAGAUCUUCUGUUACGCUAUGGACAACCAUUAAAAGAAGAGGAACUAUGGGCAUUAUGCCACGAGUGCUUAUGUACUCUUCAAACAUACAUAGAUUGUCCAGCAGUUUUAUGUCUUGAAUCUGUCCUGAUUGAUCACAGAGGAGAAGUCCUCUUUGUCCCUCACCUGAAUGAAGAACCAUAUGAUGCUCUUUGUGUACCUCCUGAAUAUGACCCUGAGGGAGUGGGAACAGAGAAGGGUUGUGUUUAUGGCAUUGCAGCUAUUUUAUGGUCAUCCGCAAAACUAAAUUUCCCUUGUAAUCACAAGCUAGCACUGCCUAAAAAACUUAAACGGUUUCUUUUGCAUAUGGCAAAACGGGAUUCUGAUGAACGGCCUAAUUUAACCGAAGCUUUGCAGGUUUGCAGAAAUUAUCUACAGCCAAGAAGUAUAGACGGUAAAGAUACCUGGGCCAAUUUGUACAGACUUGCAUAUCAGUGUCGGCCAAACUCUGGAUUUCAAGCAGAACCUAGCAACUUUUCAGAGACUUCAUCAGGAUUUUUACCUGUUUCUACGACCAGCAAACUUAAGGCAGUUAAGGGUCCUGUCCCUAUGAAAGAAGAACAUCUCAAUUUACCUGCUGCAUUCACAUCUUCGGCCUCAUAUUUUAAACCAAUUAUUCUAAUGCAAAAUGAAGAUACUUCCGGCAAAAAGACUCCAUAUUCGUCUGGUGUGCAAGAAUUUGGAGAUUCGGUUGAAAAUUACCCUUUUGGAGAGGAUAUAUCAGUUACAGAUUUGGAAGACAAUACAGAAGACAAGACAUCUGAAAAUCAAAACUGUGUUAUUUCUCCAAGAACCUUGAGUUCAAAUAAGGCUAAUUCCACGGUUUCUGACUGUUUGUCUGAUUGUAAAGAAAACAUUUCCUCUGCAGCUUCUUCAAUUUCUUCCAGUUCCUCAACGUUGAGGAACAGCCCAUUAAUAAACAAUUAUUUGCUAAAGCAAGACCCAAAAACUGGGAGUCUCAAGCUUGUACGUGUUCAUCUAAACAUUCCUGAUCACAUACAAAAUGGAUCUCUAGAAUCUGAAUCCGUGGUCUUUGGGACUGUUAAUACAUCAAGCACUGUAACAAAUAAUGAUGUUAAUAUCAAUAAUUUCAAAAACUCUGAAAAGCUUCCCAUUUCUGACCUUUCUAUAUGUAAAGAGACGCAUACUAAAGUUAAUGAUGUCACAAGUGAGCUUCCACUGACUAAUGGGGUAUUGACUUCCAGCUCCAAUACUGCUAGGACUCAUGAAGCAGUUAAGGACUGCGAGAACAAAACAAACAAUGUUUCAGAACUGAAUGCUGCUAAUGGCGAUUCACCCGAUAAGAGGACAGUAUCCUCACCUCUGCAAAAAGUGGUGGACCUUAUACGAGAUGAAUUUGCUUUUGAUGGGUAUUUGGAAAAUGGCAUAGAAGAUCUUGCAAUGGGUGAAUAUAUUUUUUCCUUGGAAGGCCUCCAAUACACAACGUUCUGCGGUGCAAUAAGUGAGAAGUUUUGUGAUCUCUACUGGGAUGACCAGCUGCUUGAAAACCUCUUCCAAGUCGUAAAUGGAAAAUCUCCCCCAUCUUUCAAAACAAAUCCAAAGGAUCAUUGUAUUCCUACCCAGAUAUUAAAAAGAGUGCACAGAAGGUCACGGAAAUCAAGAAAGCAUGAGCAGCUUUCUACCCUUGAAGAAAUGGACAUAUCCAAUAAUUCAAAUGAAGUUUUGACUCCACAAAAAGAAAUGUCACCCGUAUCCCAGAGACGCCCUUUGAUCUUCAAUUCAGGCACUGAGACACAGGUGGUGGUUGACACUAGCAGACGUGCUUCAUUUGAUGAGGUGUACAUGACUGAUAUUGUGCCAGAGACGACCAAAAAGGAUCAGCAAUCACAAUCUCCCAAUGUGACAAGACCUUUUGAAGAGAACAGCAGGCAUAGAGAGCUCUCAGUUUGUAACCAUUACUGCCUCAGUCCAGAUUUUACAGAGGAGCAUGAAGAGAACCUCGAUGACUCCAUAGUGAGGCAUCGAGACAGCAGCCAAGCUAUGUCCAUCAGCCCCGAUGAGCUCUACAAAUGUAGCACAGGCUGGACAAGUGCUUUCUACGGUGCCAAGCUAUUUGAUUCAGAAGUCCAUCAGUAUGUUAACUUUCUUGGAAGACAAAAAGAUAAAUACUCAGAAACCAUAGAGGCCAAAAGGCUGGAACUUGAACAGCAGCUUAUGAUUGAAACUAAAAAUUAUCGGAAAACCAUUAAGUUAUACCAGAACUCGUUGCUUAAAGGGAAGAAAAAUAAAGGUUCUGACGUUAAAGAAUUGCUACCCAAACUAAAAGGGCAUUUGGAGGAAAUGAAAAUAAAGGUGCAGUUUCUGGAAUUGUGCAGAAAGUUACUUCAGGUGUCUUAUGCAGAACAGUGGGGAGUUGAACCGCAUGUGCUUCCUACAGUCGCAAAAUGUUCAAGCCAAGAAAAAGACCGGGGUCCUGAUGAAGAUACCACCUUUAUGCUGAUUUAUAAUCAAAGAGGGAAAACGAGUCACAACAACACAUCAAAAAGUUUACAGUCUGGUACCUCACUUGGACUGAUGGUGCAUCUCUACUCCUGCAAUGCUUUCCACGAUGGGUAUGUUCAGCAUUUCCUCUACACCUUCCGAUAUUUCUGUUCUCAAGAAGAUCUUCUCCAAUUUUUUAUAGAGCAAAUCGAUAACCACUUCCUCAGGGAGGGGAAAGAUCCCUCACCACUAGAAGAAAAGCAAAAGGUCUACCAUCGUUCUCUUGUUCUGCUACAGACCUGGAUUGAAGACUGUUGGCAUAUAGAUUUUAUCUCAGAUCCUGAUCUUCUGGACAAGCUUGAACAUUUAUCCAAUUCCCAGGUUCUUCCACAAGAUGAAUAUGGUGAUUACCUAUUGUCUUUGCUGCAAGAAAUUUCCAAUCGAAAAUAUACAUUUUCCUCUCCAAGUUUUAAUUCUGGUGAUAAAAAGGAAGAUACCAAAUCUCUACACUCCUUGUGUACAAAGUUGUCCGAUGAUAACAUAUCCAGAAAGAGCUUUAACUGGAAACUGUCCAAGGGAAAUGGAUCCAAUGUGUUUAAUAAGGAUAAGCAUUACUCAUUAGCAUCUGCUUUACCUCGUCCAUGUUAUCCAAGCAUUGUGGAGGAUUAUUCACCGUCUUAUAUGAAAGGAGAUGAAAAUGGAAUGUAUUCCAUAUAUGAGUGCAGUGUUGGGCAGAUUGCAUCACAACUGACAAUACUUCAAGAAGAAAUGUUCCAGAAAUGUCAUCCUGUCCACUUCCUGAAUUCGAGAGCACUGGGAGUUAAAGAUAAAUCCACCAAUGUCCCAAAGGCCUUUUUUGCGGAGACUCUUCCUGCUGAAGUCUGCAGCCUCUUUAUGCCAAACUGCACUCAAGAUAAAUAUCUAUUACAGCUGCUACGGUUUGCAGAUAAUGUCAGCUCCUGGGUUGCUGCUGAGAUUGUGACCAGUGCUACUUCUAAGUUGCAGGCAAGCGUACUGACAAAGUUUCUUCUUGUUGCAAAACUGUGCUAUGAACAACGAGAUUUCGCAAGUGCUGUUCAGAUAUUGGUCGGGCUGGAAAACCUUAUUGUGCGACAGCUUCCAGCAUGGAAGAGUUUACCUUCUAAGGUGUGCGAAAUUCUCGAAGAACUCAAAGCUGUAGAGGUGUUUCUAAAAAGUGACAGCUUGUGUUUGAUGAAAGGAGACAGAUUUAGAACAUUACCCACAAUUCCAUCAGCUUAUGUGUUAGCAAUGCACAUUCAGCAGCUUGAGACGGGUGGCUUCACUAUGGCUAAUGGGGCCUUCAAGUGGAAUAAACUAAGGAAUAUUGCCAAGGUUGUCAGCCAGGUUCAUGCAUUUCAAGAGAUCCCGUACUCCUUUGUUCCUGAUCCAGAACUUCAGUUUUACCUUAGACAGCGAAUUGCACAUUUUAGUGAUGCAGACAUUUCAGCUCUGGCAGCUUCCAAUAACACCAAUUUUCAUCACAUGCCAUCAGAAAAACAUUCCCGAAAGAUACAGGACACCCUAAGAAGAAUGAAGGCAACAUUUCAGUAAAUUUUUGCAAACCUGGAUAAAAAAAAAUAAAUCUUUUGGCUAAUAGCAUACCGAGCUAAAUGACCAAAGAGAGGAAGGAUUAUAUAGAAAUAUGCAUUAUGUAUGAAACCGGAACUAGCAUAUAAAUUACUUGACACUGAAUCAGUGCUAUUGGCUUCUUUGUAGCGCAAUCUGCAACUGGCAUGUCGCCGUUCUGAUGUUUACCCAUCGUGAAUGGUUUGUUGUAGCAGAAUAAUGAUUUGCACGCUUGAGUCACUAGAUACAGUAUUUAUUAGGAAAUGUCUUCACAUAAGACCCAGUUCAUCAGAGUGGUUGAAAUUUGUAUUAUCAGAAUUCUUAAACAAGAGAGAUAUGAAGACCUAAAAAAGUAAAUAAUUGAAAUAUUCAGUUUGACUUGGUGGAAUGUUAGUAUUUACUAAAGAAAAGAUUUGUAUAUGGAUAGUUUAAAUUCUGCUGGAAUCUGCUAUUUCCAAGUUACAUCCAACUUUAGGUUUAGUUCUGAUGGAGUUCCACAUUUUCUAGCAAUCGAACUCCUGAAGGCAAUCCCAUAAGUUCGUAUUGACUAUAGUGUGAUAGUCACGUCAAAAGAACCAAUAAGGUGCUCACAUGCCCAAUGAUUGCACACAUCUCUUUAUCAAAAUAGGACAACAGGAGAUUAUUUAACCUUUAAAAAUGGAGUUGUAGAUCUUACCUUAACGGUGGUUAAGGCAGGAUUUUGACUUUCAUUUAUAGACUGUUUCUUUAAACACUUAUUUUAAUCACUCCCAUCUAAACUACAUUAUUGAGUAACAGAUUAUUUUCCUAAGUGACUUGGUUCUUUGUAAAGCUAAUGGCGUCAUAUUUUCUUUGUUGAU